AGCUUAGGGUUUUGCACAACUCUGCUGGUAUGCAGCAACUAGUAGUUCUGUGAAUAAGUAGUUGAAGGUGUAUAUAGAUGAACUGAGACAUGAGGACCCACCCACGAGGACGAAUAGUAUACGUGAAUUUCGUAUUCAAUUUUGAAAUGUAGUUUCCGUUUAGUUGAAUUUGUAUGCAUAUUGUAUUCAAAAGAACCCAUAAGUGUCAUUGUAAUUCAAUUAACGUCUUUAACUUUAAAUCCAAUAAAAUCAGUUCAUCAUUUAAUUCCGACUAUCAUGGAGCUUUGGAAACAAGUACUGCUCCAAAGACUAUUGUAAUAUAUUCUUGUUGCAUUGUAAAACCACAAGUCACCUCUGAUUUGUUGGAAGCCACAAUUAUAUUGAAGUUAUUAUCAAAUGAUAGUGUGAUAUUUCAAAGUACACACUUCACAUCUCUGAAUAUUUUACAACUCUAUGAUCUGAAUUUGAAUCUAGAAGUGAAACGGUUGCAGAAAAGAAGAAAGUAAAGAAAAAAAAAAAGAAGAAACUUAAGCAGGAAAGUAAACAUAUAAGAAUAUUCUUAUAAGUUUAUUAGCAGUUUAAUCAUAUGCUUGUGCAUUCGCAAUUUUUUAAACAGUAAAAUAAAUUUAAUACAGUCAUAAGGAUAGGUAAAAAGAUAAAA